AUGACGUGGGCGCAACAGAUUCUACGUCUUGACCGGCUGGCACAGUUUCCACUCUUCAAUGAACAGCGGCUGUACGAACAGCGACAUAGUAUCCUCGUUGCUAUUGCCGCUGCUUUCUUGUUGUAUCGCCUCCUCUGGGUAUACGCCCUCGAUCCAGCUGAACCGAAGCUCAUCAAGCCCCUGAUUCCCAUCGUCGGCCAUGCACUGAGCAUCUACAAGCAUGGAUCCCGCCAUUUCACUUGGAUUGCGCAAAAGACUGGCCUGCCCAUCUACCAGAUCCCAGUCCCUUCGGGCAAGAUUGCCAUUGCAGGCACUCCAGAAGUCCUGAGCUCAAUCGACAAGAGUCCCAGAGCUGUUGCCUUUGUGCCGAUUGCAGCUCGCGUCAUCGAACGCCUCUCCGGCCUCUCCCCCCAGGGCUCUAAAAUUCUCCUGGACAAGACUGUGGGCGAAGACAGAUGGGAAGGGUACAUGUACGAAGUUUCGAAGGGAGUUCACGCCACCUUAUCCCUAGGACCCGACUUGAAAGCAAUCACGGACCGCGUGGCCUACGACCUCAACGAUUCCAUGAGGAAGUUUCACGGCAAAAAGACUAGAGUAAACGUCUUGACCUGGUUCCGGCAUGAGUUUGGCAUGUCAUCGACGAAUGGCAUCUACGGACCCAAGAAUCCGUUCAAGGACCCCAAGGUGGAGGCGGGCUUCUGGGCAUUCGAUGAUGCAAUCACCGACCUCCUCGUCUCUCGACACUUUUCUCCUCGUGGCCACUCCGGCCGAGUAGAUGCCUGGCGCGGCUUCAUCGAAUAUUUCAAGAACGGGGAUCACGAGCAGGGCUCGGAGCUCGUCAAGGUGCGACAUCAGGUGGCGCUUCGGCGCGGUUUAAGCGUCGAGGACACCGGCAAGCUCGAGGUCACCAUGAUCAUCGGCAUCCUGACCAACACGGUUCCAACGAUAUUCUGGGCCGUCUACUACGUCUACCGAGAUUCGGCGCUCCUGGAAAAGCUGCGCCAAGAAAUCGCCCCCCUGGCCGAGCUAAGCAUCGACUCGGAGACGGGCUCCAAGACAUGGACCCUGCCGGUGAGCGGCCUCAAGGAGAGGUGCCCCUUGCUGGUGGCCACGAUCAACGAGACGCUGCGCCAUCGAACGUGCGGCAUCUCGAGCCGAAUGGUCACCGAAGACGUCUUGCUCAGCGACCGCUACCUUUUGAAGAAGGGGACGAUCUGCGAGCUGCCCAACAACGUGCUGCACUCCAACCCGGCAUACUGGGGCUCUACCGUGGACGAAUUCGACCCCACACGAUUUCUGCUGGAUGCGGGCUCCAAGGAGGCUCGCCGGGCGCGAGGGGCUUUCCGGCCCUUUGGCGGUGGUGUCUCGCUCUGUGCCGGGCGGCACCAGGCCAUGUCGCAGAUGAUUUGCGCCCUGGGGCUCUUUGCGAUGGGCUUCGACUGCAGCUCGACGGAUGGGGGCGAGUGGAAGUUCCCCGGUGCUCACGGCCACACGAUUGCUGCCGCGGUGGACCUGCCGUCGUCCGACUUGCUGGUUGACGUGCUGCCGAGGGAGGGAUUUGAGGCGGAUUAUUGGCAGCUGGAUACCGCAAACUGA